GGCCAACUUCAUGAAAUAGCAUGUCAAAGGUUAUCGGUUAACGGGUUACUUGUUUUGGUGCUCGUCGCAUCGUAGAUACGGAUGUGCCUUAUAAUAUGUGAUAAAUUUCUGAAUUAACAUUAAAAGGUACUUCUAGGAGGAGGCGGGAACACGCAGAUAUGUCAUCAGAACGGUUUUCGGUCUCCGCCGAGGGGUACUUAGCUAAGCAUCAAGUAUUGGUGUAUCUGGAAGAUGCUAUCAGUCAACUAUUAGACCAUAAAGAAGACAAUCCUAAAGUAAAUCCUGCAAAAUUUUUCCAUGACUAUUUCACCAGCAUACAUCAAGGCAAUCACACGUUAUUUAGAGAGUACAGUUUCAUCAGGAGUACUGCUCACAAUAGAUCCUCCUUUACAAGAACAUUCUGGAAAUGUUAUAAACACAUUGGAAAAAAUGGAGAUCUACUGAAUGUGAAAGAGUAUCAUUCAUUGCUAUGUCUCCUGUGUCCUGAUUUCCCAUUUGAUUUGGUACAGAAAACUGCCAGGAUUAUACUCAUGGAUGAUGCCAUGGAUUGUCUCAUGUCAUUCUCAGAUUUCCUCUACGCAUUUCAACUGCAGUUUUACUAUGAAGAAUUCCUUCAAGACUGUUAUAAGAUCUAUGAAAAGCUGAUGCAAGCAACUCGAAGUCCGAGAGAAACUGUUGUGGUGCCAAGUAGCAGUUCAUCGCCAAGACAGAAAAAACAACAGACACCACUCCCACCACCUGAACAGAGUCCAGAAGGAGUUGAUUGCCUGCAGUUCUAUGAAUCUUUAUUACAGCUGUGUUCAGUUACAGAUUGCAGUCAUCCAAAGACGAAUUCAUUGAAAGAUAUUCUACAUAACAGCAACAGGGUAUCAUUCUAUGGGUUUCUGAUGGCUCUAGCUAAGAAUGAAAGUGUCAAUGCUUGUAUUGGUGUAUUACCGACAAAAGCUGCCAUUAUGGAUGAUACCGAUCCAGAGCAUAUCGUACCAAUUGUCACACCACGAUCUAAAAGUGCAAAACCUGUCUUAGGAGGAAGAACACCACGACAUAUAAAGCAUUGACAUGUAUAUAAAUGUUUGUUUAUUUUGGCC